UCUUGUUCCGUGUGUAAAAUGCGCGCCGUCUCGAUUAUGUGAAAGCAUUAUUUGAUAAUUAGGAUCCACGGUGUACAUGAAUUUACCGGUGUAGAAAAAAAUUGUGUCAAGCGAAAUUACGGUUGCGGAGAACGCUGAGAAGUACCUGAAUCAGACUCGACAAGUCUCAUGGAGAUCCCAAGCUUCGGGGCGGAGUAGAGGAUCAGUUGCUAAAAAUAUGCAGCAGUCUUGUUGGGCGUUAUGUUUACUGGCCGUUUUCAUGCUGGGACCCAACUCGAAAUUUGUUGGUGAAGCGUUUCAACCGGAGUUUGCGGAACCAAUCACAAACUUAACUGUGCCAGUCGGCCGAGAUGCCACUUUUAAAUGCCUAGUUCAAAAUCUAGGCGGAUACAGGGUUGGGUGGGUAAAAGCAGACACCAAAGCAAUACAAGCGAUACACAUUCACGUAAUAACAAACAACCACAGAGUGGGUGUGUCACACAACGGACUGACCGUCUGGAACCUUCACAUACGAAACGUUCAAGAGGAGGACCGCGGUCAAUACAUGUGCCAGAUAAACACAGACCCCAUGAAGAGCCAGAUGGGCUUUCUGGAUGUGGUGAUACCUCCCGACUUCGUUCCUGAAGAAACGUCAGGAGAUGUCAUGGUUCCUGAAGGUGGAACUGCUAAAGUGGUCUGUCGGGCCCGGGGCAUGCCAGAACCCAGGAUCAUGUGGAGGAGAGAAGAUGGAGCGGAUAUUGUCAUUAGGGACCCUCAUGGAGGAAAAACAAAAGUCCAGAUGUACGAGGAAGAAGUGUUGACUCUGACGAAGAUAUCGCGCUCCGACAUGGGCGCCUACUUGUGCAUCGCCAGCAAUGGGGUCCCGCCGUCCGUCAGCAAGCGGAUCCAGAUCAAAGUACACUUUCACCCCGUGAUACAAGUGCCAAACCAACUGGUGGGUGCUCCUCUCGGGACUGACGUCACCCUGGAGUGCUAUGUGGAAUCAUCACCGAAAUCCAUCAACUACUGGGUUAGAGACUCAAAUGAAAUGGUGAUAUCGUCAAGCAAGUACGAGGUGGUGAACACAGUGAUCAGCUCCUUUGAGAGCAGCAUGGCGCUGACCGUCAGGAAGCUGACUGCAGCUGACGUGGGUGGUUACCGCUGCGUUGCGAAGAACUCCCUGGGUGAAGUGGAUAGCAUAAUCAGGCUUUAUGAAAUUCCUGGCCCGACCGUAAGGAAUACAAGCCCUGCAAGCAAGAAGGAAGAUUACAAAUACUCCACACCCAUCGAGGGUCCUGACAACCAGUUUGGAUCUGCCGACAGGUCUGAUGAUGAAGACGAACUAGUUGUAGACGACGUGUCAUCAAAAACCCCGCACCUAUCGAAUGAAUAUAUUACAAAAAACAAAACACACAAUUAUCUGGCUACGAAUAUGGUCAAGGAACAGAAACUUAGCAAUAAGAUACGAAAAAUAUUCGACAUAAACGAAUUCGAAGGGGUUAACUCUUGUACAACAUUUUCUUCUUCACUGUCCUUCAACAGUUUAUUGGUAGCAUUCACAAUUUUACGUGCAGGUUUAACGUAGAUUAUACUAUUUAAUGUACAAAAUCGAUUCAACCCAUAUCGAAAUCUUUGACGUAAGUCCCACCGAUUGCAGAAACCACGGAGGGAACAAUCUAUGGUAUUGCUAUUAAAAUAAAGGAUAACUUUAUAACCAUGACUGUAGAUAGGUAAAUACACAAUUUGGCUUACACUAAACGCGUAAUAACUGAAUAUUUUCAAGGACCUAACCUGAAAAUUGAUAUUGAUGAAAGAGUUCCGACACGGCUCUUCGCAAAUUAAUACCAAAAUAGAUUGCUAUCGUAGCCAUUAAGUAUAUUAUUUCCAAUAUUAGAUCACAAUUUAAAAGGUAGCUGCUGUUAAAUUUUAGAUAAACUGUACAUUAUUAUUGUUAACCCAAAUAAAUAUUAAAUAUUUUUUCAUUAUAAAUAACUAGGAGUAAAAUAAAAUCAUAAAGGCAUGUGUAAUAGUUGUAAAUUAUUGUUGAAUGCUAUAAUGUAUGCUAUAUGAAAUAUAAUUAUAAAUUAUAAUAUAAAUUGUGAUAUUGAUAGUAUAAAACUUAUUGAUUGACUGAAAUAUGGCAAUAAUAAUCUGGUCGCAUUUCACACCAUAAGUACAUAAUGGUUUUGAUAAUUUUUUAACCAUACUUUUUAUCACUGAUUAAACAAUUUUCUAGAAAAAUGUGUUUUCUACCGAUACUUUUUCACUGAUAUUAUGACAAGCUGUUGUUAUAGGUACUUGCUACCGAUUUUUUGUGAAGUAGAAAGUAAUUUAGUACAACAUAAAACGUUAUGCUUUAUUAAUUUAAAUUAAAAUGAAGGAGGAAAAUGUACAGAACAAAUAAAGUGUAAUAAAAAUAUUGGAUAAAUCAAGUACUUCUUCUUUGUUUUAAAAAUUCAUUAACGCAACUUAAUUAAUUUGAAGUAGGCAACCGUAUUAAAGCCGUAAAUUGCUUAUAUUUUAUGUUUUAAUUGUUAUAAUUUAACUGAGUAAGUUAACAAUGUAUGUAAAGAUGUUUUUAAAUUGGAUUUAUUUGACGAAACUAUGAAAUGAAACUAAAGUUGAUUGACUAAUUUGGUUGAUAAUAUUAUUUUUAAUUUCAUUUCAAAUUGUUUUAUGUCAACUUAACUUAAAUUAAAUCAGCUAUCGAAUUUUCAUCUUAUUGGUUCCAAUAAGUUCAUAGUUACCUUAAGCAUUUUUAGUUUAAGUAACGUUAGAAAAAGAAUAUUUCCAUUAAUAGCUCUAAAAUCAACGUAUGGAUGACAAAAAGAUAAAAUAUAAUGUAAAUAAUGUAUUUGAUAUUCAUGAUUUACUGAGAGACAUUCCCUUUUCUGUAUUAUGUAUAAUAUCUCCUGAUA